AUGGUUUCCCUAAAAUUCACCGCCCUGGCUCUUGCAGCACUGCGCGCCUUUACUGCCGUGGCUCAAAUAGAUGCCACCGUCGAAGAGCUCGAAGAGGAAGUCGAAGACCCCUCCACCUCUCCGAACCUCAAAGUCAAAGUCUCGGCCUCCUUCCCCCAAGCUGAGAUCUUCGGCGUCAAGCUGGUCAACGGCAACCCCACCCGCGCCGUCCUCUCCUUCUCCAAUGAAGAGCCUGAGCCCGUGACCGUGGCCUUCAUCGGCGGCUCGCUGAUGGCAAUGCCUGGUCUCGAUGCUGCAGGGCCGCAGGUCGUCCGCAACUUGACCGUGCAAAGAUACAACGUCGAGAUUCCAGCUGGCGAGAGCGAGUCCCUGACGUACACCUUCGCGACGGAGCUGCAUCCGCAGGACCUGAAGCUCAAUAUCGCGGCUGUGUUGAAGGAUAACAAGGAUGCGUUCUACACGAUGCAGGUCUAUAACGAGACUGUCAGCAUCGUUGAGGCACCGACUAGUAUCUUUGAUCCCCAGAUCAUAUUCCUCUACUUAGUCCUCGCAUCCGCCUUCGCCGGCACCUGCUACUUCAUCUACAACACCUGGAUUACGACGCUCUUCCCGCAGAAGCGCGGGCGAGGCAAAGGCGGCGAGCGCGCCAAGGGCUCCUCGAAGCAGUCCAAGCGCGUCGACCCGGCCGAUCAGGUCUCUGUUAUUGGAGCUGAUGGACCCGCUGUUACUAGCGGUGCCAAGGCUUACGAUGAGAGCUGGAUCCCUGCUGGACAUUUGCAGCGGCCGGAGGCGAAGAGGGUGGGGAGUGGGAGGAGCACGCCGAAGACGGCGAGGAAGGCGUGA